AUGGAAAUCGAAGGGGUCGCGACGAAAAUCGGGCCGCUGCCGUCCCGUUUGAGUUUGUGGCUGGGAUAUCUUUGCAGUCAGCCAGAUUGUUCGGAUGAUGCGCGUGUUGCAGCUUUUGCUUCGCUCGGCAUGCAACAGCCACUAGAGCAGAACUUAGCGGCUACACAUGCGAAGAUCAGAAACGGCCUGCAUGCUGUUCAAGAGUUAAGACGCACAGGGACUUUCGAGGAGGCUCCGACGUCCGCUUCGGCAGGGCCGCGCUUCACCAUGGAGGCCCAAGAUAUGGGCAGCGCCGUCCAGGCGCAUGCUCCACGCUCGGAUCUGGGGGCUGGCACCGCGGCACCACUGAAGAAAAGCAUGGUUUCGGCUGAGCCCCGAGGAUAUCGGCCCAGUGAUGCCGGCACAGUCGUGUCCGAGCCUCAUCGGCGCCCGUGGCAGUCCGGUCACGACCCCAAGGCACACAAGAUGGCCACCGACUACAUAGAUGGAGAAUGGAAGACCUUUUGGGACUUUGUGCCAGACAAGGACGAGCCGUUCCUUUUCCCCACGGAUGGCAGACGUCCAUUGAGUUUCAGAGAGCUCAAGGUGUUCAUCGUUGAUGAAACAAACGACAUCCCAGGGAUGGGUCGAGAGGACCGCCUCUGUCUAGUUUUCCCGACGGGACCAGAGCUUGCAGUGGCCUACUGGUACUUGGCCUUCGCAGUUCGCUGCACCGUCGCGCCGUUGAACCUGUAUCUGCGGGCGGAUGAGUUUGACUUCGAGUACGACGACUUGCCCUGUAAGGCAAAGGGCCGAAGCUCGGGGAAGAUCCUGACCUCGAAAUUCUUCUUUUCGUCCAGGGCCUGGUGGUUUAGAAAGCAGAUGGCUUGGAUGCCGAAGACAAAGCGGCGCUGCGCCAAGAAGCCCGCAGCCCGCAGUCCUAGCAAGCACGAUUCCAGUCUCGUGCUGAGGCAACUACCGUAG